CCAACCUGAUAUUAAGUUAUUUUAUUGGUAAACAACGUGAUUUUGAAAUCCAACAAUUCUUUUUAGAACAGUUUCCUUUUUUUUUUUCUAUAACCCUUAUCUACCAUUCUUCUUAGUUUUCCUAAAAUACUGGGGUUGACAUUGGAUUCACAAAAGAAUAGUCUAUUUAAAAAAUUAUAACUUAUUUUUUUAAAAAAAUUAGUUUGUAGUUAGCACUAGAAGAGUAUGCAUUAUUACUAGUGAUUAGAGAAAGAUCAAUCUUGACCUAUUGAGCUAAAUAGCUAAUCAUUAUGACUUAUCUGCGUAAUUAAAAAAUUAUGACUUAUCUGCACUUGGAAUGGGCCGAGAACUGGUGCUCUAUUGAGGCCCCAUGGAUAUUUCUGGAGAUAAUCAUCUGUGCAUUGGCGGGCUCAAUAACUGGGCCUUCUUAUCAAGGGCCUAAUGGUUAGCACGGAGGUUUGCCCCGCGUUCUCUCUUUAUUCUUUAAAUUAAAUGAAGUAGACACUGAGAUUAGGGUUUUAGGAAGCGUCUUCUCCCGCAUCAAAUCGCAUCACUCCAGCCACCUCUGCAGCAACCGGGAAAAGGGAGAAACUCCGCCUCCAACCCGCGAAAAUGGUGAAAGGUCGCGAAGGAGAGCGCGUCAGACUUUACGUCAGAGGAACCAUCCUAGGGUACAAGAGGUCCAAGGCAAACCAGUACCCCAAUACUUCUCUGAUCCAAAUUGAGGGAGUGAAUACAAAGGAAGAGGUAGCAUGGUAUGCUGGAAAGCGCUUGGCCUAUAUCUACAAGGCCAAGGUUAAGAAGGAUGGCUCGCACUAUCGUUGCAUCUGGGGCAAGGUCUCACGGUCUCAUGGAAACAGCGGUGUUGUUAGAGCAAAGUUCACGUCCAACCUCCCCCCCAAGUCCAUGGGAGACAGAGUAAGAGUCUUCAUGUACCCCAGCAAUAUCUAAGGUACUCUCUAGUUGAUGUGUGGAUUAGUUUGUUUAGUAUACCCUGAAAUAUAGAUGUGUAGUUUUGUCAUCUGAAUUAGAAUUUCAGGAUUAAGUAGAAGAUAUUAGGCUUUGUCGUCUUGGCUUAGCGCUGUCUUUCCUUUUCUUGUCGAAUUCGGUAUAGGGAAGUGCUUGUCCUACUAAAUCACAGGCGUGAAUCCAGUAGUCAUUUUUACUUGUCGAAUUCGGUAUAGCUGCUUCAGUUGCAUUUGAAUCUUUGUGCAGACCUGGUUUUCUUGUACCAUUUUUUCUGAAGUCUUGCUCUCCUUGCUGCUCAGGUUUUGUGGAUGGGGAGCUUGUUUGUCUCGGAGGGAACUUCUGAUUACAUGGGUUCUUCGAUAAUUUGAGCUUUGAUUUUUCUUGUGCCUUCUUUUGUUGUCGGAGAGUUUUGUUUUGUUUAGUAUGGUGGAUGGACAUUGUACACCAUUUGGAUCAUUUUCAUUAUUAGUAAUCCCCCACCCCGUUCAUGUUUGAAUGAUCGGAGUAAUCAAUUCCUUCUUUGAACUCUCUUUCGUUGCUUAUUGGUAUUAUUAUAGACUAUCUGCAGAAGUCCUUCGUUCGAAUUGUUUCGUAUGCUAGAACAGUCCUCUGUCCUUUAUUUUGCUCGUGUUGUUGCUCGAUACCGUGUGCAUAGCGACUGUUCAAGUUCACUUGGCAAACGUACCCACACGGUUGAGAACUUACAAAAAUGAGACUCGUUUGGUUAGGUAUUACUUGAGAGCAAAAACUUUGUGCUCUUGUUUCUACUUUCUAUUAUUUAACCCAAACCUAAAAUCGCUUCAUCGCGCGCGCAUCUACUUGCUUUUUACAGCAGGAUAAGUAGAAUAUGAAGUCAACUUGACUUUUCGGCCUUUUAGCCUAGAAAAAAAGGAUUGUUGGGCCGACGCUUUGCUUUGGCCCUUGGGCUCAUACUGAUCAACACCCUAAAUGCUCCACGAGCUUAAAGCUCGAGAAAUUUCACACGUUAAUGAAGAGAUUUCAACAUCUAAAUUUGUAAUUAGGUCUACAUCACAAAGGGCCCAUGGCCAUUACAUACAUACACCAAUGUCAGAAAUAAACACCUUGAUUGGCUCCUGGAUUGAUUCAGUUAAUUUAAUUGUACUACUUCAACGUGUGAUUCCUUUCUUUUUCCCCAUUAUCGGAAAUAAGUUGGGGCUCUUAUAACAAACUUUUCAGAUUAUU